GGUCACACUUGUCAUUGUUUUGGUUCUGGCUUUGUUUUUUUAACUGGUGAUUUGUUCUUCGUCGUGAAUUUAAAACCUCGCCCAUGGAGCAGCAACUAGAGAAGGUCUUGUCGGAAAUCGCCGCGCGACAGGAAACGGUGGGAGCUCUGCUGGCGAAUCGUCAGGGAUUGUGUCUGGGCACCAAGGGCGACAUCGAUCCGAACGUGUCCGGCAUCGGAAUGGCCAUUUCGGAGCAGGUGGCCAAACUCGAGCCCAAUAACACGGUUCCGGCCACAAUUUGCCUGUACAGCGGCAACAAACGCUGUGUGAUCCAGAAGGACGGCGAGAUAACUGGUGUGAUCUUCAAGCAGCAGGCCGCUGCAUCGGUGACCGCCGCCAGCAACUAACAGGAGCUGGGGCCUCAAGCGCAACAGUCAUGCCAAAUACGCAGGUCAGGAUCUGGAUUCAGAAACACAGUCAGAUACAGACACAAAUAUCUUCCACGACGCGCCAGCUUCGCUUGAUUCAUUUCGGAUGCCAAUUCAAGGACCAGCCCCUGUUACAUUUGCCCCUCGUUCUAACCGAUAGCCAUUAACCAUAAACAUUGUUUUGUACGACUCGCAUAGCAUUAAGCAUUACGGAUUAAGCAUUAAGCACUGCUGUUAAUGGCCACGUCUAAUCCAGCCCAGCGCUCUCACCAUGUACAUAUAGACUUUGUACUAUUAAGUCCCAGAAAGUGAUCAAAGCAUGUACACCAAUUACAAUUAUAGCGUUGCAAGCUUUUGAACUUGGCAA